AUAGACAUCCUGAUGAGUAUUGUGGCUGCUGUUCGUGCGUUGUGGUCGUUUGACGAAUUUGGUGUGCUGCGGUAAAAAUAUUUGCUACUACUACCACAUACUACAACUAUUACUACUACUACUGCUGCUGCUGGUGCUGUUGUGGAAAAAAGUGUUGCUAGCUCAUUAAACAAAAUCCUAAUAAUUUAUUUUUGCUGUUAAAGAAAAAGAAGAAAAGAAAAUUAAAAUAAAAAAUAAUAAAUAAAACAUAUAUUGGUGAAAAACGUGCUCCAGUUUUCUAGAGAACAACAAUAAAAUAUCAAGGAAAAAUAAACUCUUUUUAAUUUUGUUAAGGAAAAGAAUCACAAAGGAAUAACACAAGAAAGAGCGACUAAAAGAAAUAUAAGAAAAAAACACGCCAAAGAAGUAGAAGCAAAAUACUAAAAAGAUUCAAUUAUUGAAACGACAACAACAAGAAUUACAACUGAAACAACAAAUAUAAUAAUAACAACAAAAACACCUAAACUAAACAAUCUUUAAACUUCCUUUAAACGUACAACAAGAACAACAGUAAAACGACAAAAAGUUUUAUAAAACACAAUCCAUCCAAAAGAGAGAAUAAGGACAACCAACCAACACAAGGCUAAAACAAACCCACUCACAGAAACACGCAAUCAAAACUAAAGCAAAAACAAGAGAGUGUUUGAGAGGAGGAAGAGAAACAACAUUAAAUAAUAAGAGAUUGAAUUGAGAUUGAAAAGCUAUUCAAUUGCGUGAUUGUGUUUUGGUGGUAGUCGUAGGCCAAAAACAUUUUCAAAUAUUAAAAAUUUCUUCGCACAAGAUCCGGUGAUGUGGGACAACCCCCGCAGCGGGAAAUGCAACAACCCCAACGUUACAUACCGUCUGUAUCUGAUCUAUAUGGAACGGACGAGAUAGAACUUCUACUGGACGAAAUACGUGAACUAGAGCCGGUCUGCUGUCAGCUGGACGAUGAACAGGAUUUUGAAAUAGCUGGCAGCAGAGCCGGAGAGCUAUCAUUAUCCUUGGAAUCGCCGCUGGGUACGUGCACGUCGUGGGACUCCCACGCCAAUUAUAAGCAGCGUACCGCCCAAACGCCACUGCCAUGGGGUGUUGCCCUACACUGUGAUCCGCAACAUUUAAAAACGCCUACAGGGAUUGUGCGAAUACUUUUGGUGUUGUCCUCAGCCGCUUGUCUUGCCUGCGAAUGUUCUGCGGGUACUGUUCAAGUCGGUCUCUUUUUACUGCCACUCAUCGGACGCCUCAGAUUGAUGGUGUUUUGUGCAUUAUUUUCCCUUUUAAUCACAUGUCUCAUGAUAUUUCUUGACGUUUCUCAUAUAGCUCUAAUGUUUCCCUUCAAUUGGACAAAAGUUAAUACAUGGAUGUACCUGAGUAUUGGUUUAAUAUUGAUUUUGAGCUCUACACUUAUUAUGCACAUGGUUCUCUUUGCCGAAGAGUACACCUGGGUGCCAAAAUACACAAAGGACACCUUGUUUACAUCAGCCAUAAUUGGUUAUAUUUGUGCUGUAGAAUCAUUUAUAUUAUCAGGUAUUGCCUCAUGGCCAUGGACACAAUAUCGUCAUGUUCCAGAUGACGGUAGCGAUAUGUAUAUUGAGGAUCGUGAGAUGACGCCCAUGAGUCCAAUUGAUAGUACAGAUGUGCCGAAUAAUCACCAUCAAUUACCACAACAGCGACCACAAAAUCACAAUAAUUGUAAUAAUAGCGUAACAACGCACAGUGAAACAAAUCACCACAAUCAACAAAAUCGUACAAUAUCAUCACCAACGUCCUAUAAUAAUCAAAAGCCUUAUAUACCUGCCAAAAGACCCAAUGAAUUAAAUAAUCAAAGACCAACACUGGGUCAUACUCAAACAACCCGUAAACCGAAUCAACGUUAUCGUGAGGGUUAUCACUAUCAACCUGUUGCGUCUACGUCCCGCCAGAGUCCCACAUUCGUCUUAGGCGAUGAUAUUGGGGCCGGUCCAUCCACAUCCCGAUCCAAUGAUAAUUCUAGUGCGUGAUAGUUUUUAUUCCUCAUUACAUUAAUUAAUAUUUAAUAAACAAAAGAAAUACAUAAAUUUUUAAAAAACCAAAUAAAAAAAUAAUUGCAUUGAACAAAUCUUUGGACAAAAACAAAAAAAAUUAAUGAAAACAUUUUUUUAAAAUCAUAAUGAAAAUAACAAAAAAAAAACAAAUUAUUAGUAACGAUAUUAAGAAAUUGGAAAUUUAAUUGUAAUGAAAAAUUAGUUAAA